UUUUGAAGGGAGCCCUAGCUCCGCUCCCUGCCGCCGCCUUUCCUUCUCUCCUCGAGCCUCUUCUCCGCCGAUUUCUUCUGUCUCGUUCGUUUCUCUUCCUUGCAAGCAAGCAACCGAAGAUUCGCGGUUCAACUGACCCCCGAUGCCCCGCGUUAAGCCUGCCCCUGUGAUGGAGGAGGAGGCGGAGGAGGCAAGGCAGGAAGUUGUGGGCGCCGGUGGGGCGGGCGGAAUCCUGGACGAUGGAGCCACUGACGGGGCGGAAGGCAGCCCGGACGAUGGAGCCGCCGGCGGGAAGAAGGUGAAGGAGGAGGAAGAGGAGGAAGAGAAGGAUGUGACCUUCGAUGAGCUGGGCCUGGACGAGCAGCUGAAGAGGGCUUUGAGGAAGAAGGGCAUGACCAACGCCACCCCUAUCCAGCGGGAGGCCAUCCCGCUCAUACUGGAAGGAAAGGAUGUAAUCGCAAAGGCCAAGACUGGCUCUGGAAAGACCUUUUCCUACCUUCUACCACUGCUGCACGAGCUAUUGAAGUUGUCCUCGGAAGGGCGUAUUCGAAAACCUGCACCAAAUGCCUUCAUCCUGGUGCCAACUCGAGAGUUAUGUCAGCAGGUUUUUAAUGUGGCAUCAUCUCUCCUUGAGUUCUGCACAUCCAAAUUGAAGGUUGUGCAAGUGACUGCGAGCAUGUCGGAUAAGGAUAUUACUGUUGCAUUGUCUGGACCCCCUAAUAUUCUUGUGUCAACUCCAGCUUGCGUUGCAGCAUGCAUAUCAAAGGGCAUUAUCCGUGGAUCAUCUAUUAAAGAGUCACUUUCAAUGAUGAUUCUCGAUGAGGCUGACCUCCUUCUAUCCUAUCGCUGUGAAGAUGACUUGAAAGCUCUCAUCCCACAUAUCCCAAGAAGCUGUCAAACCAUUAUGAUGUCUGCAACUUCAAGCUCUGAUGUCGAGAAAUUGACGAAGCUACUUCUGCACAACCCAUUUAUUCUAACUCUUACAGAGGUUGGUCGUGCAAAGGAUGAUGUGAUUCCUAGAAAUGUUCAACAGUUCUGGAUCUCAUGUAGUGCUAAGGAUAAAAUGCUUCAUAUCCUUGCACUCUUAAAGUUAGAGCUUAUUCAGAAGAAAGUUCUUAUAUUUGUCAACUCCAUUGAUAUGGCAUUCAGAUUGCGACUGUUCCUUGAAAAGUUUGGAAUAAGAUCUGCGGUGUUGAAUGCAGAGUUGCCACAAAAUUCUCGACUACAUAUUAUUGAGGCAUUCAAUGCUAGGCUAUUUGAUUAUCUGAUAGCAACGGAUGACAAUAAACCAAAGGAGGAGAAGCAAAUCAAUAAGGAAAACAAGAAAGAGUCAAGGGUAUCACGCAAACAUUUGCAGCAGACUCUAGAUGCCGAAUUUGGAGUUGUCAGAGGAAUUGACUUCAACAAUGUAUUCACAGUAGUUAAUUUUGACAUGCCUCCAAAUCCUGCUGGCUAUGUUCACAGAGUAGGACGAACAGGGAGAGCAAAUAAGACUGGUGCAUCCAUAUCGCUUGUUUCGCCAGAGGAGAAUAGUACUUUUGAAGAGAUUGUGCAUCUGUUGCAAGAUGUUGAAAAGAAAGAUACGAACUGCAUUUCACCUUUCCCAUUACUUACAAAAGAUGCCGUUGAGUCUCUGCGAUAUAGGGCUCAGGAUGUUGCGAGGGGUGUGACAAGCCGUGAUAUACAGGAAGCACGUCGCCAGGACAUAAAGAACGAAAUUCUCAAUUCCGAGAAGUUGAAGUCUCAUUUUGAAGAGAACCCGAGAGACCUUGAUUUGCUCAAACACGACAAACUACUAAGCAACAAAGCAAUUCCUGCACAUCUGCGUGAUGUCCCUGAGUACCUAAUUGAUCCCAAAACCAAAGAAGCCAGUAAUGUUGUCAAACUUAACAGGGCUGCUAUGGGUAUUGACAAGCCCCAAAGGCGGAGAAGACAGGUAUUCAAGGGGGGAUCAGGCAAAAGUAGAGAUCCACUUAAGACUUUCUCUGCUGAGGGAAAAUCACGGAGACGAGGGAGGAAAGAUAAAGAGGGUGGUGAACCAGAUAGAAGAAAGAGGAAGGUGGAAAGCUAAAUUUUUUGCAAGGAGUUUACUACGAAGCUCGCUCGAUUUUGUAGGCUUGUUUUACGCCAUAUAACUGUAGUAUCUCGAGAGAGACGGGUGUUCUUUAAACAAAAGGCAAGCUUUGCGGCUGACUGUAGAAUUUGUUUAUUGCCUUGAGGAAACUCUUACUCUUCUUAGAAUUUGGUGGCGUGCCGUCAUAAGCUGAAGCCUAAAAUGUCUUGGAAAGCAACAGAUGUUUCCUCUCUGUUUAGGGCUAUGAAAAAAUCUCGAGACUUGCAAGCUA